AUGGCGACGGCAGCACGUUCCACAUGUCUCGAUGAUGGGGCUGAUGAGGAUGCGGCUGACCUGGCAGAGGCCGAGGUCAUCCAGCAAGCUGCAGAGGAUUGUCUCCACUGCAUGCUUAGCCAGCCAGCUAGUCAGCUAGGGGUGCAGGCCCUGGAUGACCUCAGCCUGCCACAGCAAGAUCUUGAUUGCAUGAAAUACAAAUCCGCUGAGUAUGUGAUCUUGGACUUGGAGGUUGGGUCUGGUAUUGAUGAUGAGGAAGGCGGCGGGAGCGAGUCUGAUGGCCAGUCCGACGGUGGAGACAGUCCCGGCCCUGGUGGCAGGGGUCGUGGGUCUGGCGCUCAGGACGAUGGCAGUGAUGGCAAUGAUGGCAACGGCUCGGAUGACCACGGUAACAGUGGUCGUGAGCCUCGUGCCUUGCUACUGGUGUCUCUAAGUGCCCGCAUACCGCGCAACGGGUGUGCUCCCUGCCUGCUCGGGCUAUUCUUUGGCAGGUGGAAGUACCAUCAUACUGUGCUUCGCUCAGUCGACUGGUGUGGCUAG